UAAUAGCUCGCUCUUUUGGAAGAAACCCUCUUACUGACUUGUAUGAGUGAAACGUCGUGUGCGUGUGUCAAACACAUGGCUUGCGAAAUAUUUAUUAGUGUGCGAAUUCCUCUCAACAAUUAGAGUCUUAGAAAUGUGUUUUUAUGUAUCAAGCGUACAUUAUAAAUUUAAGCUUCACAAUUAUAUCGUUUCCUAUGAUACGUGUCUGAGUGGUUAGUGUAUCCGGAAAUAACUGGUUUUCAUUGCAAAGACCCUGUUUUUAAACUUUAUAAGCUAAAACUAUUUACAUUAUACAGUCUCUAAGACAAGAAUUGUACUAUAAUAUUUUUGGUGUCCCUUCAUGAGCAUUUAAUCAGUUAUUUGCUAAGAUUUAACCUAUUUUUACAAAUCUGGUUCAAGGUGAGGGGUUUGCAUCAAUCUGUUAAGAACUAUACUCCAUUAUUACCUGUACGUAUUUGAUAAUACUUCAUCAUGUCUUCAUACUCUUCUGAAGAAACAUCCUCUGACAGGAACGUUGAAAUAUGGAAAAUAAAGAAAUUGAUAAAAAGUCUGGAAAUGGCAAGAGGCAAUGGAACAUCUAUGAUUUCACUGAUCAUCCCCCCAAAGGACCAAAUAUCAAGAGUCAGUAAAAUGUUGGCAGAUGAAUUUGGCACAGCCUCUAAUAUAAAGUCUAGAGUGAAUAGGUUGUCAGUUUUAGGUGCUAUAACAUCUGUACAACACAGAUUAAAGCUAUACACCAAGGUGCCCCCCAACGGUCUAGUUAUAUACUGUGGAACUAUAGUAACUGAAGAAGGGAAAGAGAAGAAAGUCAACAUUGAUUUUGAGCCUUUCAAACCUAUUAAUACCUCCUUAUAUCUUUGUGACAAUAAGUUUCACACAGAAGCCUUGACCGCACUACUAGCUGAUGACAACAAGUUUGGUUUCAUUGUCAUGGAUGGUAAUGGUGCUCUUUUUGGAACAUUGCAAGGCAACACAAGAGAAGUCCUGCACAAGUUCACUGUUGACCUCCCAAAAAAGCAUGGAAGAGGAGGUCAGUCCGCGUUGCGUUUUGCUCGUCUGAGAAUGGAGAAGAGACACAACUAUGUUCGGAAGGUAGCAGAAGUUGCAACUCAAUUGUUCAUCACUAAUGAUAAACCCAAUAUUGCUGGACUUAUCCUGGCUGGUAGUGCAGACUUUAAGACAGAACUGAGUCAGUCGGACAUGUUUGAUCCUAGGCUUCAAGCUAAAAUAAUUAAACUAGUUGAUGUAUCAUAUGGUGGAGAAAAUGGUUUUAACCAGGCCAUCGAGUUAGCUGCUGAGUCACUGCAAAAUGUCAAAUUCAUACAGGAGAAAAAACUAAUAGGACGAUACUUUGAUGAAAUUAGUCAAGACACCGGCAAGUACUGUUUUGGUGUUGAAGACACUCUGAGAGCCUUGGAGCUAGGUUCUGUAGAGACUCUUAUUUGCUGGGAAAACUUGGACAUUCAGCGCUACGUGCUGAAGAACCACACAAACGCUGAAGAGAAAGUCCUGCACCUCACACCAGAGCAAGAGAAGGACAAGACUCACUUCACUGAUAAGGAGAGUGGGGUGGAGCUGGAGCUAGUGGAGAACCAACCAUUGCUGGAGUGGCUGGCCAACAACUACAAGAGCUUUGGUGCUACCCUGGAGAUAAUCACUGACAAGUCACAAGAGGGCUCACAGUUUGUCAGAGGGUUUGGUGGCAUUGGAGGAAUUCUCCGAUACAAAGUGGACUUCCAGAGUCUCCAGGCAGAUGAGCCACUAGAUGAUGUGGACCUAGAUGAGUAUUGAGAGGCCUACUGAGAUACAAAGUGGAUUUCCAGAGCAUGCAGUGUGACGAUCUAGACUUCAACGAUGUAUAUGACUUGGACGAAUACUAAGUCAACAGUCAAGUGUGUGAGGAAGGUAGGGGUGCCUGCACAACAACUCGUGACUCGAUCUAUGCUCAAUCAUCUACCCUAACAUAAUGGAAGUCUGUAUUUAUUUUGGCAAAAUUAAAAGAGUUUUUAGUUUGCAAACUAAGUUUAAUGUGUUAUUAUUUUAUUUUUUGUAAGGAACACAUUUGCCUUUUUUAAAGGUUAAAACCUGUAAGUCACAUUCCAAAGCAUACAUAUUUUUAUAAUGUAAUCAAUUGUAAGUUGGCCUAAACAUUUUAAAGAUGCUUAAAAAAAAGCAUUAAUGUAGUAACUACAACUAAUAAUAUAAAUUUGUUGUUUAGUGUCGAAAAUGCAUAAUAUCAAAGUGUAAAUAUUGCGAUGACUGUUCAAAUCUGGCUAUCUGAAUAUUUUAGUUAUGAGUUGUUAUGUUGAUUGCUUUUUGGCAUCAAGUAGCCCUACCUUUUUCUUCACUAUGGUAUUAGUAAAAUUUGUUGAUCAAGUAUAAAAGUUGGCAUGUUUAUUUUUUGUUGAAAGAAACAGCUCAAAAUAAAAUGUUUAGCGUUAAUUUAAUUUGACUGGUUUUAAUAAGUAAUGUAACAUAUCACUGUUUAUUUGUUGAAAAUAUUAUAUCUGUGCCCUAAUGAAGGUUUUAAAAUAGAUCAUGUCAUAAAGCCAUAUUUUAUUUAUUUAUACAAAUUGCAUACACACUGGAGCAAGCUGUUAUAUCUUUAACUGAGUAAAUUAAUAACUUAAUUAUUAUCAGGCAUUUAGGUGUUUUACGGUUAAAGAUUGUGGUUAUAUUUUUAUUUAUUGAAAAUAAAUCGAUCAAUUAUGUAGCGAGUUGUUUGUCAAUAUGAGUAUGGAUUUAUAAUCAGGAAAUUAUUACAAAAAUUGUAAGAGUGUUUCUUCAGUCUGCAAUAUUCUUAAGAAUGAAUAAAGUCUUAAUGGAAAAUUGA